UCUUGCGGGAGUACGUUAAGCAACAGAGCGAAGAUGGCCGAGGUAGAUUUUGGUGACAGUGAACUCUUUGAGCAAUUGGGAGAGAGUAUGCCUACUGCAACUCACAUUCGGUUCACGGAGGAUGGAGAAGAAGGCUCUGAGCUCAAGGGAAGAUUGGGGGAGUGUGAGGAAACAAUACGGAGUUUGAUAGAAGAGAACCAAGAGUUGAAGAGAAAAUUGAAAGUGUUGACAAGGCCAAGUGGCAUUAAUGUUGAAAACAUCAAGAUUGAUGGUCCUCUUCUACACAUCCUUUUUGCAAACAAUAACAUCUCAAAGCAAUGCCGUCAAGAAAUUGAAGACUGCCUCUGUAGUAUUGUUCAGAAACAGCAGCAGCAGGGAGAAGUUGAAAAAGGAAAUCCCUACGGAAAUGUCAACCCUCAGUCUUCAAGUUUCAUUAUGGAAGAAGAUCAGAAGACCAAGACCUCCUGUGGAAUCAAAAAGAUUAAGGAGGCCUUCAGUAUGGUGGGAAGUGUCCUGUAUUUCACCAGUUUCUGUCUGGACAAACUUGGACAGCCCCUGCUAAAUGAUAACCCCCAGCAGACAGAAGGAUGGGAGGUUCCAAAAUAUCAGCAGAUCUUCAGCCAGGUCAUUGCCUUAGAUGGACAAGAAGUACAGAUGAAAGAGAAAAGAGCUAAGCCUUGUUGUUUCAACUGUGGGUUGGAUGGUCAUCAACUUCGAGACUGUCCUCAGCCAAAGGACAUGGCCAGAAUCAACAAGAAGCGGAAGGAGUUUUGUCACGGUAACCAGGGAAACCUGAGCAAUCAGCGUUACCAUGCUGAUGAAGUGGAGGAGCGAUUUGCCAAAUACAAACCUGGAUUCAUAAGUGAGAAGCUGCUGUCUGCACUGGGAGUUGAUAUGAACACACUACCACCUCACAUCUACCGCAUGAGGCAGCUAGGCUACCCACCUGGCUGGCUUAAGGAGGCAGAGAUGGAGAACUCCGGUCUCAUGCUUUAUGAUGGGAAGGUUUCAAGUGAUGAAGAACCAACAGAGGACAAUGGACCAAAAAUCUCCUAUGAUGUUUCCAAGCUUGUAGAUUUCCCAGGCUUCAAUAUAUCUUCACCCCCUAGUGUGAAGGAUGACUACAGGCUAUAUGGCUCUAUUCCAAUGCAGCAUAAUCACAUGAAGCAGAAUUUUGCUGCUUAUCUCUCUAACAAUUUUCCAAUGCCUGGUGCCAACUGCAAUAAAAGACCACAUGAAUCCUACUCAACUCCCCGGCAGACAAAGAAAAGGAGAUCUGAUGCCAGGAGUUCAGAUAUGGACUUUGAUUCAGACCAGGAUACUACACCCCGCCGCCACCGGAGCUCAGACAGCUUCCAGUUCCAGCCCCCGCUGCCCCCUGGCUCACCAUCCUUUGGUUCACCCCCUCCCUUACCUCAUGGUACUCCGCCAGCUACUCCCACACCACCUCCUCUUCCUAAGGGAACACCUCCCCCCACACCCACAAAUGGCUCAAGGGCCCUGCGGGGACGCACUCUGAAAGGGAGUGAGGAGUCUGCAGGCGGGGAGGAGGAAGAGCUGACACUGGAAGAGCUGGAGGAGCAGCAGAGGCUGAUCUGGGCAGCAUUGGAAAAUGCUGACACAGCCACCAACAGCGACUCUGAGACACCAGCUGUUGGAACACCCCUCCCCAGCUCGCCCAGCAUCUCCACACCUGCCCAUGUUGACACUGAAAUGGAGGAUGGUGAGACUGAAGAUUAUGAGGAAAAGGAGGGAUCUAUGGAGGCUGCCAGCCACAACAGUGAUGAGCAGAUCAGUGUUGAGACAUCUUCUAGCAAAUGUCAGGAUUAUGAGGAAGAUGCUGAAGAUAAAGGCAAGGUGGUUGAAAACAAGGGCAGCUUACUGCAAUCACCAGACGAAGAAGAGGGCCCUCAGAGCCCUGAAGCUGCCACAGAUAGAGGCAAUGUGCUUGCACAGAAGGUCAGAUUGCUGCAAACGCCAGUGCACCAAGUGAGUCGUCAGUCGGAUCCCUCAGGUCAAGAUGCUAUGGAGGGAGAUCUGUCUGACUCUUUGGGGAAUGUAAUGGCCGUGCCUCACCGGAGUAGGUUUGCACAGGGAAUUAUUCCCUUUGAGGACACGCCAGAAUUCACAGAAGUUGCUGAGGCCACUGGGACAUACCUUCGAAUCCGAGACUUGCUGAAAGGUUCCCCCCGAAAUAUGGCGAAAAUCAAAAAGUGAGAAAAGACUGGUUUGAAUUCAAAUCCAGGGAUUAUUUUGCAUAAACACUUUUUUUUAAAUUUUAUUUUUUUAACAACUCUGUAGAUUUCAAACACUUUCCUUUCUGUAAGUGUGCCCCAGAAAUUGGAGCGAAACAGUUUGGUGACCUCAUUCAAACAUCCUUUUUAAUGUUUUAUUUUUUGUUCUAAACUGAAUGUCUUUUCUGUGUAUGAGUUAGCUGGGGUCUAAAGAUGCAAGGUUUUUCUUUCAGGAAACCCCAUUGCUAGUUUAGGUAGUGUCUGUUUUGACAUUCACAUAAUCAUUUUUGUAGCAAUGACAACAUCCAUAUUGCUCUUUUUAGGUGUAAAGAUUUUAUAAAAUGUUUUUCCUCUU